UGUAGUGUAAUGCGCUGGGCCAAUGAACGUCAACCACGAUUGAGCGGUCAGCUGGUUGUCAGUGUGAAAAUUAUUAAAACGUCCUAAGAAUGGCAGCGUUUAAUAUUUUUAAAUUAUUAUUUAUAAAUUUAAUAUUUUAUACAACAUUAAUAUCAGCCGGGAGAGAUUUUUAUUCUAUUCUCGGUAUAUCAAGAAGCGCUAAUACAAAUGCUGUUAAAAAAGCAUACAGGACGUUAGCUAAACAAUUACACCCUGAUAAAAAUAAAGAUGAUCCUGAAGCAUCACAAAAAUUUCAGGACCUGGGUGCUGCUUAUGAAGUGCUUUCAGAUCCUGAAAGAAGAGAAUUGUAUGAUAAAUGUGGUGAAGAGUGUGCAAAAAAAGAUGGUAUGACGAACAAUAAUGAUCCAUUUGCAAGUUUUUUUGGUGAUUUUGGUUUUCACUUUGGCGGUGAAUCACAACAAGAACGUGAUGCGCCACGGGGUAAUAAUAUUAUUAUGGAUCUCAGUGUUACGCUUGAGGAAUUAUACAGUGGUAACUUUGUGGAGAUUACAAGAAAUAAACUAGUUAUAAAACCAGCCAAAGGAACGAGAAAAUGUAAUUGUAGACAAGAAUUAGUAACACGUAAUUUAGGAAGUGGUAGAUUCCAAAUGACACAACAAACAGUAUGUUCUGAGUGUCCAAAUGUUAAGUUAGUUAAUGAAGAAAGAACACUAGAGGUUGAAGUUGAGCCUGGUAUGGUUGAUGGACAAGAAAUCAAAUUUUUUGCCGAAGGCGAACCACAUACUGACGGUGAUGCUGGAGAUUUAAUUUUAAAAAUAAGGACGCAGCCUCACAAAAUAUUCGAACGAAUCGGCGAUGAUCUCUAUACUAAUAUUACUAUAUCAAUGCAAGAUGCAUUAAUAGGAUUUACAUUAGACAUAAAACAUUUAGAUGGACAUAAAGUUACGAUAACACGUGAAAAAGUAACAAAACCUGGUUCGAAAAUUCGUAAAAAAGGCGAAGGAAUGCCUAAUUAUGAUAAUAAUAAUCUUUAUGGCACAUUAUAUAUUACUGUUGACGUUGCAUUCCCAGAAAAAGACUUUACUGCAGAAGAAAAAGAAGCCAUCAAACAACUUCUGCAACAAAGUUCUGUAAAUAGAAUAUAUAAUGGUAUAAGUGGAUCAUGAAUUUUAAAUACCAGAAUUUAAGUGAUUUAAUGAAUUUCCAGUACACAAAAAAAAACCAAAUCAAGAUAAAAUGUACUAAGAAGAAAGUAAUGAAACAUAAAACAAUUAAGUCUUCAAUAAUGCGUGGUUUUAAUUUACUGCAAUACAAAAAAAAAUGAAUAAUGUGAAUAAAUCCAUACUAUUUGAUCAA